UCCAGGGAAACAUCGUUUCCAGAGUUACGAGUUGUAAACAAUCUCUAAUAGCUAGCUACACAUAUAACUCCGAAGUGUACUGGCUGCUGUAUGGGACGAAAAUAUCAAGCCACCCUUCUCUUUUCAGAAUGGGCGGUCUAAAGAAACAGGCGGAGAAUUUUACCAGCUUCGAUAUAUGCGGGAGUAAAUUGCAGAGCAGCUUCAUCACUAAUAGACUGUGGGAGAGAAUCCAUGGCUUCAUUCUGUCAGACGGCGAGGACCCAGGGACUGAGACUGACGGUGAACGCAGGUGCACCCGGAAGAAAUUCUUUUCCAUUGCCCUAGGACAGUCCACAGUCAAGACCAGACAACUCAUCCUUGAUUUCAACGGAUCCCAUUUCGUGCCCCGUCUUUGUCAGCCACGGGGGCUCAUCUCUGUACCUCCCACUGCCAGUUUGCACAAGCGGGUCCGCUGGCCCAUAGAGUGUGAAGUCAUCAAGGAGGACAUUCAGCACAUCGAAUGGGAACCUCUGGAACCAGAGCCGUUCUACCAACCUACAGGCUAUGAAAGAUUGCCAAUGCCAGUGAGGGAGGAGAAAGGAAAGCUGGUUUACUGUAUUGACCUAGCCACAAAGUUACCCUGCUUCACCCGUUCUCGGUGUGGGGGCAGCCGAGGGCCAAUGAGGAAAGCUGUGUCUCGCAUGGAUGCCGGAGGUGGCAACAACCUGGUGUUUGAGUCCCGGUUUCAGAGCGGAAACCUGCAGAAAGCAGUGCAGACUGGAGUGUAUGACUAUGAGCUGACCCUGCGGACUGACCUUUACACCAUCAAGCACACUCAGUGGUUCUACUUCCAAGUAAGGAACAUGAAGGCCGAUGUGACCUACCGCUUCACCAUUGUCAACCUCAUGAAAUCUCGCAGCCUGUACAGCUCGGGUAUGAAGCCCCUUCUAUACUCCGAGCGAGCCGCCCAGACCCAAAGGGUGGGCUGGAUGCGAGUUGGGUCAAACAUCAAGUACUACCGCAACAAUCGUGAGGACGACGGCCAAGCUUUCUACUCGCUCACCUGGACGUUCCAGUUUCCCCACGAGGCCGACACCUGCUACCUAGCUCACAGCUACCCAUACACCUACUCAGACCUGCAGCGCUACCUGAUGGGUGUGACUUCUGAUCCGGCCACUGCCGUCCACUGCAAACUGCGGGUGCUGUGCCACAGCCUGGCUGGCAAUGCGGUUUACGUCCUGACCGUUACGUCUCCCUCGAUUAGCCGAGAAGCGGGCCGGGCAAAGAGAGUGGUAGUGGUGUCUUCCCGCGUACACCCUGGCGAGACCGUCAGUUCCUGGAUGAUGCACGGCUUCCUGGACUUCCUGCUGAGCAACACCCAGGAUGCACAGCUGCUACGUGACACCUUUGUCUUCAAGGUGAUACCCAUGCUGAACCCCGACGGCGUGGUGGUGGGCAACUACCGCUGCUCGUUGGCUGGCCGUGAUCUGAACCGCAACUACUGCACUCUCCUUCGCGACUCCUUUCCCUGCGUGUGGCAUAUGCACAAUAUGAUGAAAAGACUGAUGACUGAAAGAGAAGUGAUCCUCUAUUGCGACUUUCAUGGACACAGUAGGAAGAACAACGUUUUCAUGUAUGGCUGCGACAAUGGGAGCAGAACCACUCUGCAGGCGCGAGUCUUCCCCUUGAUGAUGAGCAAGAAUGCAGCUGAUAAAUUCUCAUACAAAAGUUGCAAAUUUAAAGUCAGCAAACACAAAGAGGGCACAGCACGCGUUGUCAUGUGGAAGCUGGGCAUUGCCAAUAGCUACACUAUGGAAUCCACCUUCGGUGGAUCCACCUUGGGGAAAAGGAAAGGCACACAUUUCUCUACUCAGGACUUGAAAUCAUUGGGGUAUCUCUUCUGUGACACUCUUCUGGACUAUUGUGACCCUGACCCAACCAAGGUCUGUCGGUGCUUGGAUGAACUAAGAGUCUUGCUACAGCAUAAGAUCCAGCAGAAGUUGGGAGUAGAUGUGGACAGCGAUGGACUCAGUAGCAUUUCUGUGUCUGACAUUGAAUCCAGCACAAAUGGUUCAAACAGCACCGAGUCUGAUGGUCCGCCUGUCCAUCUGCUCUACAUCCCAAAUGAGCCAAUAAUAUCCAAGAAAAAGCACCUGAAGACACGCAAAGAAAGGAACAGAUUGCGUCAGAAAAAAUUUCAAAGCACCAAGCAAGAAAUGAAAAGCAUGCUUCCAGUGCUAACAAGUGAGGGAGAAGUGAAAGUGAAAAUGCAAGAAGCAGCUGUGGAGGGAAUGACCAAGAAGAGAGAAUUGGUACAGUUCAUGGGAAAGGGCAAUGGUGAGAGUGAGCGGACCUGGGUUUCCCCAUCUGCCACUGGCACUGGGCACAUCACCCCGACAGUGGAGAAACCUCUGAAGAAUUCCUGCCCGGAGUCUGCUGGCAAAUUAUACAGUUGGGAUGGAUGUCAUUCUACUCGCCCAUCUGUCAUUGAUGAGCGGCAGACAAGCAGCAAAGAGUGCCUUCAGCAGCAACUGCACCUCAUGAUACAAGGUCACUGGCAGCCUCCCCCCCGCCAGCCAUUCCCAGUCACAGCCAACCGGCAAAGAUGGCUCCCUCGCUUCGCACAGAAGUACAGAACUCUUCAGCCACACCCCCUGAUAUUUACCUGGGACUUAGAAACAAACGUCUACAUGAGAGGAAGGUACUCAGCAUUUCGCUCCUCGCCAUGCAGAAGAUCCUCAGCUGCAAGCAGUGGAGCGAUACCAAGAGCGGCUCCAGAGUUCAUGUCAUCAAAACGCCCGCUGCCUUCCAUUGCCUGUAGCCCUUCUGCCUCAACCGUAAGUGAUAAGACCAAACCACCCUCAAGGAUUCAGCCAACGCGAGCAACCAAGUACUUCAUACCCGACGCCUCAACAACCUCAGAAACUACCAAAGGCCAGGAAACUGAUUACAAAGAAGAAUGGAAUAAUAUCAGUGAAGUUCCUCUUCUUGAAGACACUGCCACCAACGCCAGAGUGAACUUGGAUUUGAAGAAACAUGACCCGAGUGGCGAUUGGCAAAGGAGAAGCAACGGCAGACAUGCAGGAGAUCAGACGGGGCUGCAGCUGGGAAGCUUAGUGUUCUUCAGAAAGAAGCAUCAAAGAGGAAUCAAAACCGAUGGAUUUUAAGGGGUGAUGCAUCUGUCUCUAGCAUGAAUAAAGAUUUGCUGCUAUACACAGUCAA